AUGUCGUCUCCAACCGUGCAACUCUCCUUUACCCUCCGCACCUCGCCCAACGUGCGCACCGUGCACUUGCUCGGCUCAUGGGACAACUACAAAUCCCAGCUGCCUCUGUCUUUGAUCAAAGAUCCUGCCGCCAAACCAGGCUCCUGGAAGGGCACCUUCCGCUUCCAAGGGUCGAAUGCCCUCAAGUUGGGCUCCCGGUAUUGGUAUUACUACAUCGUUGAUGGCUACCACGUCUCUCACGACCCAGCCAAGGAAUAUGUGACGGAGAAGACCACAGGUCGCAAGCUCAACAUCAUAGACGUUCCAGGAGGCGACAAGUCCAGCGCCAAACCAACCAGGCCUAGUGUCAACACAGAAGUGUCAACUUCGCGCCAUAGUAGGGAGGUUCCGCAAGGCCGUGCCCUGAGCCCUGGCAAGAUCCAACAUCCGAAGCCCAGCAAGCCCUACGCGUCCCGUCAAUUACGCGAGGCCGACUAUGAGGUAUCUCCCGUGGAUGACCUCGAAGAGCGUUUCGCAGGCUGGCGCAUUGCUGACUCGUCUCGCUCGCCCUCCGAAUUAUCAGACGACAGUUCUUCUUCGGGCACCGCUUUCUCGCGUUCUUCUCCCUCCAGCUUGUCAAGUGUCAGCGACCACAGCUGCCGCUGUGAGCGCUAUGGCGUCACACGCUCUGGCCAGCGGGUCAAACUUGACUGCGGUGGUAAGCGAUGUGGUGCGUGGAGCUCGAGCUCCUCCGAAUGCGAAUCGACGGAGAGUUCCGAAGAGUCAAGCGAGGAUGAGCGCGAGCGCCGUGCCAGGAUGCGCAAAGAGGCAGAAAAGAGAGGUGCACCGGCAGCGACUGCGACGAAAGGAAAGCCCAGCAGUGGUGGGGACGACAGGAGGAGGACAGUCAUCGUGGAAAAGAGGCGGAAGCCUAGACUGAAUAUAUGUCGGUUUUACGUCCUUGGUGAGUUGUGUCUGGAAGUACCCUGUACGUCGAGGAGACUGAGAUGGCAAUACAUCGUCGCGGACGAACAGGCAAAGGACACCGUCGUCAUCGACCCAGUGUUCGACUAUGAUAAAGACACGGGAAAAUUGUCGACGCAGUCAGCCGACCAGAUGCUCGACGUGGUGGCCAAGCACAGAUGCACCGUGUCCACGAUCCUCGAGACGCACGGCCACGCCGACCACCUCACCGCGUCUUGCUGCCUCCAGAACGUCCUCGAGCAAAGACAGCAAAGUCAACCACGACCCCGGCCCGAGGUGUGCAUCGGCCAGCGCAUCCAUCAGGUCCAGGAGACCAUGUCGGCGCUCUACGGCGUGCCGCCAGCGGAUCUGGUCGACGCGUUCGAUCACACGUUCGCCGACGACGAGAGCUUCACCAUCGGGUCCAUUCAGGCCUGCGCGAUCGCCCUCCCGGGCCAUACGCCCGAUCACCUGGGCUACGUGGUCGGUUCCAACGUCUUCACGGGCGAUUCGAUCUUCAACCCGGACGUCGGCUCCGCGCCCUGCGACUUCCCCCGCGGGUCUGCCGUGCAUCUCUACCACUCGGGGCAGAAGCUCUUAUCUCUCCCCGGACACUUCAGGCUGUACACGGGCCACGACUAUUCGCCGGACAGUCGUCGAGAUGGACCCUUACCCAUGCCCACGCCCGUGGUCGGCGGACAGAACGCGGAGACCAAGGGCGUGCCCUUCACACCCGUGGCAGUCCAGGUCCGGGAGAACAAGCACGCCAACCAGACCACCCGCAUGGAUGACUUUGUCCCAUGGCGCUCGGAUAGAGAUGCUGGUCUCGCCGCGCCAAAACUGCUCGCUUAA